AUGCCAAUGGAACCUUUACGUCCUAUGCCAAUGUUCAAGCCUGUUGAAAGUUUGAGACUUUCAAAAUUCGGGCCAACUUUACAACAUAUGCAGAUCAAAGGGGAGAAGUACAAAACUUGGCUCAUUACUGCUUGUGUGGUGGUCUUAAUAUUCUCAUAUCGGUUGUUUUUGCCGUCAUCCAAAGAUGAAAAUCUGACAGGAGCAUUCCAAAGAACACGGAUAACCCACAUGGCUAGCAUUGGCAAGAAACCUAUAGAGGAGCUUCCGUCAUGCGGCAAAACAAUGCUUUACUUAUUUGCAGGUGCCUCCGGACUUGGCUCUGAAUUAUCUCUCUAUACCGAAGCAGCUGCAGUGGCGACCUGGCUCAAUUAUACGAUGCUCGUGGAUGAUACAAGAUGGAAUUAUGGGAGGCUGAGCGAUUAUUUUGAUAUUCCUCCACUUAAAUGUCGACCCCCUUCAAACUGGAGAGAGAUGCCACGUACACUUUUCUCAAACCUUGGUAAGAAGGAGUCUGACCACGUCUGGCUAGACCGUGAACAUCCAGAUGGGUACACUAGUCAUGUUUUGCAACAGGUUGACUCUCGCGCCAUAGACACUCACGCUGUUUGGAACAUGAUCAAUCAUCGAGAGCAGAGGACUAUCCUACCCGCUGAACAAAAUCUACAUUACUCAGUGAAGCCAAUCUUCGACGCUAAAUCAGACGCUUUUAGACAUAUAUGGAAACCAAACCAAAUGAUCUUGGACGAAGUGAUGAAAUUGAAGGUUGAGCUCAAUGACAAGCUGCUUGCGCUUCAAAACAAGACGUCACAUCGCACUUCAACAGCUGACUUUGAUCUAGAUUCACCAAUGGCCAGAAAGGUGAUCUCUAUACAAUUUAGACUGGGAGACAAGAUAGAUGAGAACAUGGGUUGGAAAACUGCUGGACUUUCUGGCGUGAAAUCCGCUCAAUCCAAUCCCCGACCCUAUCUUGAGAUAGCUAAAUCAUAUGUGCCCGACUGGAAGACAUCCAAAGAGCUGCCAGCUUUAUUCAUUCUCUCAGAUGAUCCCGAAGCGGCCCUGAAGAAGUUUGAAGAACACCAAUCAUUCUAUCCCGCCUCACAACGAUUUCCACUCAUAGUCUCACCCAAAGGCAUCUCUAUCGCUGAGCACGGUCAUCUUCAGUCAUCAUUCAACACUGCCCCGUUGGAGGUCAGGAAGACGCUCGCCGUCGCAUUGAUCCGUGACAUCACAUUUGCUGUCGACAAUUCCGAGUCAAUCGUCUGUAGUUCAUCUAGCAACCUCUGUAACACGAUGUUUCACCUACGCGGUCCUCAAGAUCUCAUUGGAUCUGCAGGAUCGUGCAGAAGUGUAGAUAUACGCUGGCACCCUACUGGGAUCGCACAUUCAUUCAACAAUCUUAGUCUUGAUGCAGUUAAGGAUCGGGAGAAAAUCUUAGCCAUGAUGCCACGUUUGGCUACUGAUCCCAAAAACUACAUUGAGCUCUAG